AUGUCUAUCUACUGUGUUGACCCUUUACUGUUUAACAAACAUUUACGCCGCGUGUUUGACGCACAAAGAUCACAUACCUUGCGCGAUCGAUAUCGCCUCAACAUGGACAGUUGCGAAGAUACCACUAAAAGCCAUUCGGGCCAGGUCCGAAUUUUGUUGCAGACCAGAACGCACCUUCCGCUUGGUGCGGAAUACGGCGACAAGAUUGAAUUCAUGAAGAAUCUAGCCUGCCAGCAUCUUUGGAAACGAGACUUUGACCCUUCGCAAGAACGCUGGUAUCCUUACAGUACUGUAUUCGGUCUGGCAGAUCGCUUAUGCUUUCUCCUGAUCGAUCAUUUCGGCUAUGAUCAUGCCCAGACCAGGCACACGUGCCAUUGUUAUGGGUUAAAUGGACUGGAGAGGCUCUUAUUCAGUUACACGAAGAACUCCCUUCUCGGAUUCGCAAAGAACUCAAAUCAUGGCCAUUCACAUGGGAGGGAGCCAGAUGGUACUUGGAGUCCCGUAAACCACCGACUUAUAAUUAAGUCUUUUUUACAAAAUGGGAUACCCAUCUGCGACACUCAUAUUGCUUUUGUAAAGAAGUAUCCGGAGCACGCAAAGUGGCUUAGGGAUCACCUGGAGGAGCAUCUAUGGGCUAAGCUUGAGCCACACUGUGAGCUGCCCGCUGAGGCCGAAAGUCUAUGCACACUGAAAAGGGAUGGGGAUUAG